CAGCCUGAAACAAAAAAAAAACAAAAACACCAACAAGACGUGGUUGUUGUGUUUUAGAAGGAAAACGUGUUGAUUCUCCGAGUCACCCCGAGUUAUCCGUGAAAUUUGAUUCAAUAAACUAGUUUUCGUUUCAAAAUGGCUAACAAAAAACUGAAGCUCAAACGGCUACAUGGUCAGAAGGCGGCUCAACUGAAGAGGAUGAUCAAACCAACCGACAGCAGACUGAAAGAAGCCGAUCGAGCGGUCUCCAAAAAGAAAAAAUCCGGCGAAACCGAACGCCAGGUAAUGGAGAAGCCCCAGGCCAGCUCGGCAAUGUUCUUCCAGUACAAUACGCAACUUGGGCCGCCGUACCACAUUCUGGUGGACACCAAUUUCAUCAACUUCAGCAUCAAGAACAAGCUGGACAUAGUGAAGACCAUGAUGGACUGUCUGUAUGCCAAGUGCAUUCCGUAUGUUACGGAUUGCGUCGUGGGGGAACUGGAAAAGUUAGGUCAAAAGUAUAAGCUGGCGCUGCGUAUCAUCAAAGACGCUCGGUUCGAGCGGAUCAAGUGUAUGCACCGGGGAACUUACGCCGAUGACUGCCUGGUCCAACGGGUAAUGCAACACAAGUGCUAUAUUGUGGCCACCAACGAUAAGGACCUGAAGCGAAGGAUCCGGAAAAUUCCGGGGGUGCCCAUUAUGAAUGUGGCCAUGAACCGGUACGUGAUAGAGCGGAUGCCCGAUGCGUUUGAACCGAUGGCGAAGAAAUAGAUGUUGGCGUAAGAAGGUUAAA